GGCGAUACACUUCAAGAGCACUCGAGAGGUUUGUGUUGGGUCACGUAUUAUUGCAGUUCAUAGUCGCGCGUUCACGUGGUAACAACUUAAUGUGAUAUUUUAUAUUAAUAACCGUGAUAGUGCCAGCAUUUCCAAUUUUUAAAGAAGACUUCACGCGAAGAUGAACAACGACUCUAAAGGUUCGCUUGAUUUGGGCGCUGAAACGUCUCUCACCGUCGCAGAAGUGGCCCUCAGUGCCGCUUUUCUGUGCCUUGUGAACAUCGGUAUAAUCGUCGGGAAUAUUCUUGUGUUAAUAGUAGUGUGGCGGACUUCAAAACUUCACGAGCCGAACUACUACUUUUUGUGUAGCCUCAGCGUAGCUGAUUUACUGGUGGGAUUAAUCUACUGCCCUUUGCUUAUCGCCAGUGUUAUUAAUCAGACAUGGGUGUUUGGAAGUGUUGUGUGCGUAGCCCAUGCCGUGACAAUUUGUAUAUCACUGAACGCAUCACUGAUGAGUUUGUGCGCCAUCUCGAUCGAUCGCUACUACUUCAUUACCAAACCUUUGCACUACCGAGAGAUCGUGACCAGUCGAAAGACCGCGAUCUUCAUCGCUUUUGUGUGGUUUCAUUCCGUAUUCUGGGCCGUGGCGCCUUUAUUUAACUGGGGAGAGUACAUCUACGAAGAAAGUACCGCAACUUGUAAACCCAACUGGAGCGGUGAUGGACUUCUUGACAAGACUUACGCGCUUUGCUUAGCACUGAUGUGUUUUUUGCUUCCGGUUUUAGUGAUGAUUAUUGCGUAUUUAAGGAUCUACAAGGCAGCUCGGAAACAACUACGCAACAUUCAGAACAUUAAUCUUUCUGGAACAGCUGCAAACAGCAUGGACGUGACGAAAUCUCACAAAGCUGCAAGAACUGUUUCUAUAAUCAUUGGCAUGUUUUUCCUUUGUUGGUCCGUGUAUACGGCUGUUUCCCUGUGGAAGCUGUUCGCCUCGUUAAGCGAGCUCCCAGCUCGUCUUGUUCGUGCUGGUCUGUAUCUUGCUGUGUCCAACAGCUGUGUCAACUUUUAUGUGUACGCCGUUAGAGACAAAAUUUUCCGACAAGGACUUCGGCAUAUGUUCGUCUCUCACCGAAGUAAUUACAUGUACGAGGAUGGGACUUUUUCGAACCUGAGUCGAGCGGCGAGGACAACUCCCUCGCAUUCGCGAACGGCAUUAGAACUCGGUUUUCCGGCUGCGGCUAGUCUUAGUCAGCGUUUUUCAUUUCACACAUCUUUAUGACAAGAGUUUUCUCUUUAUCGAGUUAAUUUAAUAACCAGAAACCUCUGAUGUAUGGUUCACUUCUCAUGAAGGAAGUUGAAAACAUCAAACGGACAGUCUGUGACGGAUGCCAUGGUGGAAGUGCGUACAACUCCAUCAUGGCAUGGUUUGAUGAUUCUAUUGUAGUUUCGCCCCUCUCUUGUAAAUGAGAACACGUUUUCUUUUGAAAUCUAAGUUGUGGAAAGUCAAGAAAAACUUUUCUAAGUCUUGCUGUUAUAAAUGUCAAGAAAAAAGUCACAAAUUGUACAGGCUUGUGUUUACAUGUAGCUGUAAAUUAAAUAAUAAUCAACUCAUUGAAAAUAAAGUCAAAUGUUUACAAUCACUGCGGAAACAUUUUAAAAACCAGUCAAAACUGAACCUCAUUAAAUCAUUUUUCUCUUCAUGGAAUUAAUACAAAAUAUUAUUUUAUCCCACUGGAAAUCCGUAAGUGACAGGUUUUUUCAUCAAUGAGCCAAACUGAAUUACAAAACAGCUUUUGUUAUUAAAACUAAUUGUCAAACGCUGUGACCAUUCAAAAUUGCCGCAUUUUCACGAUGAAAACUUUCUUUUGUACAAUAUUUUACGCAGUGAAAUUUUUUUUCUCUGUCAAAUAUUUUCCUUUGUCGCAGUACAUUUAUUUAUAUUUGCAAGUUGCUACUUGGGAAAAUUCAUUAGCUUUAAUAGUUUAUUCCCCGCGCUACGAAUUUUAAAUUGAUUAGUUUGUAAUCAUGAGAGUUCGUGAUAUUAAAAUGGUUUAAAAGGAACACGGGAGAUCGAUAUGUUUAAUCAAGAGUGUACUUACAUAAAAAGUGAUCGUGAUCGUGAUCGUGAUCAAAACAUUGUUUUAUUUUAAACGCAAUAGCUAACGAUACAAUCGACGGAAAAAGACCUCAGCUUAAGGCGCCAUUAGAAACUACGCCGGUAACGUGUGCUCUGACUUGAUAAGGUCUGUCUUGUUAUUUUGAAUUUGUGAGAUCGGUAAGAACUGAUAGUGCUGAUAGUUGCUAAACAGACUCGAUACGUUUGUUAUGCUCCUGGCGCCCCGGAGCCAUUCGGGGCCAUUAGUUUAUCACGAAAGAAUAAACAUUCAGCUGUUAGGACGUUGUAAAAUAUUACAGAGGAACAUUCUUCAAUAACAGCAAACUUCUAGACUGUGUACAGCCGCCCCCUCUCCCAAAAAAACGAUUUUUUUUCUGAGGGAAGGGGGCGGCUGUACACAGGGUAACGAAUUUCUUAAAAGUUACGAAGAGCUUUCACUUGCUGUUAUGGAACAAUUUUGCAUCCUCGUGAAAACGAGGCUGCGAAUAACAGCAAUUUUUUAAAAGCGUCAAUCGUGAAGGAUGGGUUCCGAUUGCUCUUGUAACUUUCUAGCCUGCGUUGCAGCUGGCCCACGCACUCGUCUAAACCAUUACAGAAGGUUUAGAGCGUCUGCGACGCAGUCAAGUAACUUUCAAGAAAUUUGGUGUUGUUGAGUUUAUCCCUCUUUUCACUGUCAAAUGUAAACCUGAUAAAAUGAAAUCUUCAUAGCACUUCAGCGCACGAGGAAGAUAAGGGCAACGAGAACGGCAAAAAAGCGACGUGAAAUUUCUUAAUUUCGCGUUUUACGGAGGACGUGAGCACAAGACAACGAUUUUAAUUUUUUUUUCUUUUUGUGAACCGGUAGACACAAUCCUACAGAAUGCAACUCCUGAAAAACUCGCCAACAUUUUAGCCUGCUAAAAAAAGCUCCUCGCGAAACGUCCCCAACGGCAAGGAGCGAGGAGAAACGGCUGUUUUCGCAGGCUACCAACAUUUGACAAAUGAAAAGAGUUGAAAUAAGAGCGAUGACGUUUGAAGCAGCGCGAAUUCACUUUUUGGGUGACGCUGUCACUCCCAUUGCCGUCGUCGUUGCUUGGUGGCCAAGUGAUCGCGUCACCAACAGAUAUUAUAUGAUAAGUGAUUUUUCGCAAGUGGAGUUUUUCAAAAUAUCUUUUAAAACAGUAUUGGUAUAUUGUCGUUUAUUUUCACUAUUAGGGCAUUUCAUUUACGGAUAUUAUAUUGGAGACGUUAUAAUAGGAUCUAAACUAGGUCAUAUCUGCGUCAACUGCUUGAAGA